UCAACGUACACACCUAGGUUUCCAUUUUCGAGGUUAAAAUUCUUCGGGGAAACGGAAUAUCAUUGUAAAAAUAUGGAGAAGGUGACGAGGUUGGCGUCGGAAAAAGACGUGGUGAUAUUCAGCAAGAGCUCAUGCUGCUUGUGCUACUCAGUGAAAGUUCUGUUUCAGGAACUGAUGGUGAAGCCUAAGGUGUACGAAAUUGACCAAGACCCUGAAGGCAGAGAAAUGGAGAAAGCUCUCGUGAGUCUGGGCUGUUCCACUCCUGUGCCUGCCGUUUUCAUCGGAGGCAUUUUCGUGGGCUCCACUAACCAAGUCAUGUCCCUCCACCUCAGCGGAACCCUCACCCAGCUCAUUCAACCUUAUAAAUUUGCCUGACCCUUCACAGAAGAUCACUACGUUCACACAACCCACAAAUAUAUAUAUAUAUAUAUAUAUAUUCCUCCUACCAAAAUAAACUCUGUUGAAAAGUCUGUGUAGUGAUCGACGUUCUAGGUAUGAUUAUUAUAUAUGGAUGAAGUGGUCUGUAACAUUUUAGCUAUACUUUAAUCUCUUGGUAUAUUCCAUAUGGAGUUUCUUUUGUAAAUCCUGAAAUUGCACCAUUUAUAUGCAUGUCAAGUGGCCCCACCACUUCGUUCAUGACUUU